AUGUCCUCCUCAAGUCGCCUCAGCGUAAGCCUUCCACAGCUACGGAAGCGAUACGAUCCUCGACGACCAACUUCGCGCCAACUACUGCUCACCCACGGUCUUGACCUUGUCCGUAACCUGUUACUCGCCAUAUUCAUCCUCCGCGUCUUUCGAAGUGUCUGGAACAGACUGCGCGGGUACGGAUUACUGGGCUCCCUUCAGAUCCUCUACCACGACCUCUAUAAGCGAGGCUACGGCCUGUUUCUGAAGCUGCCAUUCGUGCAAUCGAAAGUGCGCGCCGAUGUCGAUAAGGCACUCUCGGAGCUUCAGGCUAAGCUCGUUCCUUCCGGACCCGGUGUAACGAACUUCACUGCUGUGCCUGCUACGGGAUGGACGCCAGAACAGAUCAAAGCAGAGCUGGACAAGCUGGGAGAGAUGGAGCAUACGAGCUGGGAAGAUGGAAGAGUCAGUGGAGCUGUCUAUCACGGUGGUUCUGAGCUUGCAGAUCUGCAGGCAGACGCUUUCAAGAGAUUCGGUGUCAGCAAUCCUAUACAUCCAGACGUCUUCCCUGGUGUGCGAAAGAUGGAGGCAGAAGUGGUCGCUAUGACGCUGGGUCUCUUCAACGCACCAGAAAGUGGCGCCGGCGUUACGACCAGCGGUGGUACAGAGAGCAUCUUGAUGGCUGUUCUGGCCGCACGUCAGAAAGCAUACCAUGAACGAGGCGUACGACAUCCAGAGAUGAUCCUGCCCAACACAGCACAUACGGCAUUCCGCAAGGCUGGAGAAUACUUCAAGAUCAAGAUUCAUCUAGUACCAUGCCCAGAGCCGAAGUACCAGGUCCACGUGCCCUCUGUUAGCAGGUUGAUCAACUCGAAUACAAUCCUCCUUGUCGGUUCCGCGCCCAACUUCCCACACGGUAUCGUGGACGAAAUUCCAGCUCUUUCUCGUCUAGCAGUUAAACACAAGCUACCCCUGCAUGUAGACUGCUGUUUGGGCUCAUUCGUCAUCGCAUUUCUGGAGAAGGCAGGCUUUAAGUCCCCAGACUUCGACUUUAGAGUGCCUGGCGUCACAUCCAUAAGCGUCGACACACACAAAUACGGCUUCGCACCGAAAGGCAAUAGCGUCGUGCUGUAUCGUAACGCAGAACUGCGGAGAUACCAAUACUAUGUCUGUCCAGAGUGGUCAGGCGGCGUAUACGCCUCGCCGAAUAUGGCAGGUUCCAGGCCAGGUGCUCUCAUUGCUGGUUGCUGGGCGUCUCUCAUGCACAUGGGCGAGAAUGGCUACAUCGAUACUUGUGUCCAGAUCGUGAGCGCUGCUGAGAAGAUCGCAGACGCCAUCCGCGAGUCUGACAAGCUUCGACAUAGCAUCACUGUUAUUGGGAAGCCCAUGGUUUCGGUGGUGUCUUUCCGUGCAGCGAACAACAAGCACACUCCGAGUCUCGAUGUCGAUAUUUAUGACAUUGCUGAUGGUAUGUCAGCAAAGGGCUGGCAUCUCAAUGCGCUGCAAGACCCCGCGGCUAUACACGUUGCCGUCACGAUACCGAUCGUAAAGGCUGUUGAUGAACUAAUCAGGGACUUGGAGGAGGUGGUCGAGUCAUGCAAGGGCAAAGCAAGUUCCAAGAAGGGCGACGCUGCUGCUCUUUAUGGUGUUGCGGGAAGUAUACCUGAUAAGAGCAUUGUGCGCGAAUUGGCGAGUGGAUUCCUUGAUACACUUUAUAAGACAUAG